AUGUCACGGACACCACUACCAAAUGGUGACAGCAUCAACAAGCUGCGUAACCUUGUGCAAGCUCCGAAACCGGAGAUCAAGAUCAACCUUUCGACACGCAAGAAGACGUACAGCACCCUGGACCGAAUCGAAGGUGUUGUAGCAGUAACUGCACCAGUCGAUACGGCCUUCGAUGAUGUCGAAAUCGACUUCGUUGGAACAGCACGAACGUUCGUGGAACGUCUGACUUCUGCAGCAGCAGUGUCAGGACGUGCAGAAGCGUUCCACCAGUUCUUGAAGCUCACACAGCCCGGCUUGCAGGAGCACUACCCCGAGGGUGGCAUGCUUAGAGCAGGCCAGACGUACGACUUUCCGUUCAUCUUCGUGAUCCCCCCACACUUAUUGCUACGGAUUUGCCAGCAUACUGUCAAAAGUCCCAUGAUACGAGACGCACAUUUGCAGCUGCCUCCAAGUUUUGGUGAUAAAGAUCUUGACAAGUCUCAGCAAUAUGCGGAUGAUAUGGCGCCGGAAAUGGCAAGCGUUCGGUACGGAAUCUUCGCCAAAAUUUCGAAGACGAAGAUGCAAGGCGACGAGGUUACCAAGGCAUCACUGGCUUCAAAAGCACGCAGACUGCGAGUAAUACCUGCCACGGAGGAGCAUCCACCGCUCGCGGUCGGCGACGCAGAGAGUGAUUAUGUCAUGAGGAGAGAGAAGUCAGUCAAGAAGAGCGUGCUCAAAGGCAAGCUUGGCACAUUGAUAAUGGAGGCUGCGCAGCCACAAUCGCUCCGCUUGAGCUCUAGCCAGAGCGCCAGCGUCAUGGCGACGGUGAUGCUUCGAUACGAUCCUUCUGACGCAAACGCACCACCUCCGAAGCUGGGCAGCCUGGUCAGCAAGCUUAAAGCGGCUACCUUCUUCUCCAGCACCGCAAGGAAGGACUUUCCGAGCAAGCAUGCGGCAAUGCACGAUCUAUCGCAGGGCUUGCAUACCGAGCAGAUCGGCCUGUCAGCCCGGUGCAUGGCCAAUGUAGAGUGGACGAAAUGUGCGCCUUCGAAGCCGGCACCAGAGCGUCGCGACUCCGCCUGCUCCACCACCUCUGUUGGCACGGGUGGCACGCCAGCACCAAGUGACAACUACAAGGGCAAAGACUAUUACACAGCACGCCUUCUCGUGCCUAUCGAACUCCCCACCACCAAGGCUUUCGUACCCACCUUCCAUUCCUGCUUGAUCAGCCGUAUCUACCAGCUGAAGCUCGAAUUGGGCGUGCACACUGCCGGUCUCGCACCGAGCAUGGAGCUCAAAAUACCCAUCCAGAUCUCUGUGGAAGCGAACCAAUGGGACGAUAUGUCCCGAAACCGACGCGAGUCUUCGCCAGACUCGGGUGCCGAUGAGGCGGAAGUAGACGCGGACGAUGCGUCGGACUUCUUCUCCCCAAGGACCAUCAGAGCGCCGUCGGAAGGCUUCGUGGGCCGGAGCAGGAUCGGUAGUCAGGCUCCUAUCGAAAGCGCUGAACUGCCGAGCGAUGCGCCGCCGGGCUACUCGCCGCUGCCGCCAGCGUCCGCGAGAUCGGAGAUGCAUCAUAGGACGUCUGGGUUUGGGAUGCCGUGGCCGGACCACACGUACCGGGCGGUUUAG